UUAUCAUUCCGCUGCGUCUGUUAGGCUGGCUAUGCUUUAAGUUCCAGAGUCUCCGCUUUGCUGGAAAAGCUUCGCCGAAUUCAUAAUGCACAUAGUUCGCAGUUCCCUUUGGAAGCAUCUUCUGCCGAUGUAGUCGUGCUGAUAUUCUAGAGACAAGGUCAUUCCUACACUUGGACUGUUACCCUCGACCUGUCAUUCGUUUCGCCACUGAACUUAACCUUGCAAUGAAGCCCACCGUUUACCAAAGCCUAUGCAUUGAUUUCCAGUUUCCUUUAAGAGAUCUGUGUUUAUGUUCACACCCAAAUGUGAUGGUGGGUGGGUAUGAUGGAGGAUAAUAUUCUAGCCACCUGUUGUAGCGAUGGUCGACACGGGCUGAAACAUAUCAUGGUUUGGCAAUGGCCUGAGAAGAAAGAGAGGAUUUGCCAGCUGGAAGGCACUGGCCGGGCUGUAUUCGCUUGGAAGAACACAUGCUUUCUAGGAUAUCCGAGGGGCGCUUUGU